ACUAACAAGAAACCUGGCAUGUGUUUCUGUCUGGCUUGGUUGCUCUAAAACAAUAAUAGUUUCUCCUUAUAUAUAAUGAAACAAGCCUGUGGGAAUCUUCACCAAUCAUAACUUGCAUUCAAAGAGUUCUACAACACAAGUUAAAAUCUCCUUCUGCUUUCGGAUCUACAAAAUAUUUUCCUGAAAAGAAUGAUGAACACAAAAAAGCUAAUCAAGAUGGCCAAGAAGUGGCAACAAAGAGCAGCCCUCCACAGGAAAAGGAUCUCAUUUCAAAGAUCAAGUAGUGCUACUAGCUCAACCGCUGCAGAGAAGGGUUGUUUUGUGGUUUACACGACAGACAGCACACGCUUUGCUUUUCCGCUAAGUUACCUGAGUAACUCUGUUUUCCAAGAACUCUUGAAGAUCUCUGAAGAAGAGUUUGGCCUCCCAACUGGUGGACCUAUCACAUCGCCAUUCGAUUCAGUUUUCUUGGAGUAUCUCAUCAAAUUGGUCCAAAGACGAAUGGAUGCAGACACAGAAAAGGCUUUGUUAAUGUCAAUCUCUAGUGCUAGAUGUUCUUCCCAAUGCUCUUUGAAACUACAAGAACGUAGUACUCAACAAUUGCUUGUAUUUUAGAGAAUUCGUGUGUAGCAGUUUUUGUGUUUGUAAAGAUUCUACUUUAUUAGAUUAGACAGAAUAUUUCAGAAAUACAAACUAUUCUUUAUGUCUAUCUUUUAGACUGCCUCAUCAAAGUCAACUUUCAUUGUACACAGAGAAAAAUGAGAUAACUUCAACUUCUUGACAUGUUGUGAAGGUUCUAUAACUGUUAUGCUCUGCAACUCUCAGUCAUAAAAAAUGAAAAUCUAAGGACCUACAUGCUCUUCAUCUUUGCUCCACCAGCACAUGCCUUUCUU